AUGACAAUUCUACCGAAGAAGAAGCCCAGCUCCGGGGUUGGCGUCCCGGACCACGCCGAUGACAGCGACCGGCGAAGCGGCUCCGACCCUCAUCAACAUCCGCACUCGCACGCGGGGCGAACCGGCGCCCGACCCAGGGCUUCACCUCCGCCGUGGUCAUACCAGGGCGCUCCGCAGUCCUCUAGGGACGACAGGCGGAGCAUCGAAGCGAGCUCCCGGCCGCAGCAGGCCUCUCCGCCGCCCGUCGGUUCUGUUUCUCCUGUAGGGCCGGGCGAUGGCCGGGACGGCAGCGGCGGAAUGGUGGCCGGCUCCCGUGGUGAGCUCGUCGUGUCAGCUGGCGUCGUCGGUUGCGGUGGAGGAAUGGGGAGCUGCUGCUCCGGGCCUGGGCUCAGCAAGCGGCGGCGGCAGGCAGGCACCUGCUCCGGCGGAGUGGUAGCGGCUCUGGCUGGGGGAGGCCAGCCCGGGGUGACCGGACCAGGAAGCGUUGGGUCUAGCCAGGACACAGAGGACGGAGCUGGAAACAACAGCGAGGACGAGUAUGAGAACGCGGCGCGGCUGCAGUCCCUGGACCCGGCCACCGUGGAGCAGCAGGAGCACUGGUUUGAAAAAGCUCUGACGGAGAAGAAAGGAUUUGUCAUCAAGAAGAUGAAGGAAGAUGGAGCGUGUCUCUUCAGAGCUGUGGCUGAUCAGGUGUACGGAGAUCAGGACAUGCAUGAGGUGGUGCGCAAACACUGCAUGGACUAUCUGAUGAAGAAUGCCGACUACUUCUCUAACUACGUGACAGAAGACUUCACCACAUACAUCAACAGGAAGAGGAAAAACAACUGCCACGGCAAUCACAUUGAAAUGCAGGCCAUGGCCGAGAUGUACAACAGACCAGUGGAGGUGUACCAGUACAGCACAGAGCCAAUCAACACGUUCCACGGCAUCCAUCAAAACAACGACGAGCCAAUCAGAGUCAGCUACCACCGUAACAUCCACUACAACUCCGUGGUGAACCCCAACAAGGCAACCAUCGGGGUCGGACUGGGGCUGCCCGCCUUCAAGCCGGGGUAUGCAGACCAGUCCCUGAUGAAGUCGGCCAUCAAGACGUCUGAGGAGUCGUGGAUCGAGCAGCAGAUGUUGGAGGACAAGAAGAGGGCAACCGACUGGGAGGCGACCAACGAAGCCAUCGAGGAGCAGGUGGCCAGGGAGUCAUACCUGCAGUGGCUGCAGGACCAGCAGAAGCAGGCCAGACAGCCCCGUAAGGCCAGCGCCACCUGCAGUUCAGCCACGGCAGCGGCUUCCAGCGGGCUGGAUGAUUGGAGCGCCCGGUCGCCACGGCAACACGACUCUGACCCCUCCCACUCUGACCUCACAUCUGCCACGUCAGCCAACAACAAGCCCCCCUCCCCCACUGGAGCUGCUCUUAUCCUCAGCAAGCCCCCUUCGCCCUGCGCCCCAGGUCCCAGUAAUCAAAGUCGUCAUCACUUGGAAUAUAGAGCCAUCAUGCAGGAGAUGUCACCCACAGCGUUUGGUCUCACAGACUGGGAGGACGACGAGAUCCUGGCAUCGGUGCUGGCCGUGUCCCAACAGGAGUACCUGGACAGCAUGAAACACCAGAGCGCCACAGCCAUGCACCGAGACAGGGAGCCGUCACCGGACAGCAGCUGAUACAUGCAAACACCCUCGUACAAAGCAGCACGCCCAUCUCCCCACCUCAGCAUCACUUCUCCUCGCAUCUCGGAUGGAACUCAAAAAAAUAAAGCAGCAUCGUUUUCUUUGAAUAUCAGCAUCUUCCUCUUCCAGACACAUAUUUGGUCUUAAAGCUGAUCUGGGAUCAGCUGAUUAUUAUUUAAGCUUUAUCGGCAGCUUCCAGCAGUUUGAAUUUUACUGCUUUUAUUAACACAAUCAGACUGUUAGCUCUGUGGCUAACAAAGCCAUUAGAUUCAAUGAAGAAUGCUAGUCAGAUCCGAGCCUGAAGGCCUUGAUGUUUGAGCGCUCCUCUGUGAGAAGCUGAGCUUUAGCUUUAGCCAGCCAUCUCCACUGAUGACCACUGUGGGUGACCAAUGAGAAGCCUUCAGCCUCACACCUGUGCCCCCCCACCAUCAGACUUAUUUAGCUGCAUGUUUGACCACAGCCAAUAUCAUCAUAGAGAAAAGCAACAAAAAAA